GAACGAAGUCACAGACGGGGCCAAGCAAGAUGCAAGUCCAGCCGGUCGCUACCUCGGCCGCCACCCCUGUUGCCAAAGCAACGACGGCGCAAAUUGUGAGUGCGAGCUUCAACCUUUGGGCGGUUGGGAUCACCGUCGUGAUCGGGGGCCAGUACUUUUCGUGGAAUGUCGGGCUGUCGGCUGGCACUGUCAGCUACGGCAUUGCGUCGAUCAUGAUGACCUGUGCGUACAUGUGCAUGUGCCUGUGCAUGGCCGAGGUGUCAAGCAUGGUCGUGUUUGAAGGCGGCGCGUUCGGCCUUGCGCGAUGCACGUGGGGGUUUUACGCCGGCUUUAUCAUUGGGUGCUGCGAAGGGGUUCAGUACAUCUUGUACGUCACGUGCUCGUUCGUGGCGUUGGGGCGCAUGGUGGCCGCGUUUUGGCCAUUGAUUGUUGACCACCCAUAUGUGUCUUGGUUCUUGAGCUACGUCCUGUCGAGCGCGAUGCUCAUUGUGGGCGGCAGAGUGUACUGGCGAUGGAACAUGAUGCUGGCGUUGGUUUCGUUCCUCAUCUUGGUCGUGUACGUGUGCGGGUCGUUGCCGUACGUGGACAUUGCAGCCCACGGCGGUGGCAGCGCCUACUACUUUGUCGGCGGGUUUGCGCAGUUCAUGGCCGUCUUUCCGCUGACUGCGUGGUACUACGUCGGCGUCGAGUCGCUCAACCGGCUGUGCGCCGAAGUGGUGGAGCCCCGCGUGACCGUUCCGAUCGGGCAACUGGCGUGCAUGUUGACCCUCGUGACGACUGCCGUCUUCGUCUUCUUUGUCACGAUCAGCAUAAAUCCCGGCAUGCCCGAUGUUGCGACAUCGCUGGCCCCCAUGAACCAUGGUUUCAACCGCAUGUUCAAUUGCACCGACGACGUCUCGAUGUGGCUCGCGCUGCCCGCAACCUUUGCCACGGGCCAAGGAUUUGUCCAAGCGUACACAAAGGUGAUUUCGUGCAUGUCUGGAUCGCAUUUGCUGCCCGCCAUUCUCCACCGCAAACACGCGGGAUUCCAAACCCCGACGUACGCAAUCGUUGUCACGUCUGCCAUCAGCUUUGGUCUGUGCUUCGUCGACUAUUACUGCGCGCUCGACGCGGUACUGUUUAACACGUGCAUCUUCCUCGGAUGCAUUUCGUACCUGUCGCAGUGCGUCGGGUACAUCUACUUGAAGAAGAACUUUCGCACGAUGGAGCGCAAAUUCCGAAGCCCCGUUGGGAAAGCCGGCGCGAUCUACGCGAUUGCAAUCUGGGUCGUGACCAUGAUUGCAAUCUUGGGGUUCCAAGGCGAUGCGCAGGCGAGCUUUCUCUUCGUGCUGGGCAUCCUCGGCGUCGCCACAGUAUACUACCACAUCUACGCCAAACACAAGCAAACCUUUUCGGACGAAGAGCGCAAGGCGCUGUUCUUCGCUCACGUCGCCAACCACAACAACUCGAAGCGCAGCCACCACUCGCGCGGAAAAGGUAAACCCCUCAGCACCCUCCUCAAGAAAAUCGGCCUGAAAAACGUGUCGACGACGCCGCUGCGCCCUUCGACCAACGGAACGUCGACGACAGCCGUUACCGCUGAUCCAAACGUGCGCCACUUGGGCGACGUCGGCGCAAAGAAGAAGCGCAGUUCGGGGGCGUCCAAGGGACCGUCCAUGAAAGAAUCGCAGUCGUCGCGGCGCUUGAAAACAUAGUUGCCACGACAUGAUUCGCUCAUCGAAACAAAUUGCUUCAUGUUUUCGUA